CAACAUCAAAAAAAAAAAAAAAGAGAAAACUUGCAGACAAGGCAAGUGCAUAAAAUGAUUACAUAAGGACGCAUCCCCUCUGUUAUGGGUCUAUGGUUUAACCUCCACUACAGCUUUUUUUUUUUUAGAGCUCUUAGAAACGGGAAGCAUCUCUAAUUUGCCCAGUUUCUAGCGCAUUUUCAACAACUAGCAACCUAAAAGGUCCCCCCAACCAGUCCAGUCCAGUCCAAGUUCGACCCUUGCGCUUUCUUGGGGUUUGCAGCAUUAGGUACAGACAGACAAGAAACUGGAUGCUAUCUUGUCGCUGAUCGCUGAUAAGAAUUUCUCUUCCACCAUCUUUUCGGUAGUUAUCCCGGAUUCGUUACCAUUGGAAAUUCCCAUUCUUGACAAGCAACAAGGCUAUCGCCCAAGCUAGGGAGGGGUUAGUCUUUUUAUUUUAAUCUUUUCUUUUCUUUUCUUUUUUCUCUUUUUAUUUUUACAGGUUCGCCUUUUUCGUCUUGCAUCUACGCGUCUCUCUCGUAUACCGCCGAGCCUUGCUAACGUGUCUUGGGAAUACAGUCACGUCAAGCAUCAUGUCGGACGCGAAUCACGACGAGCGCGAUGUCACCGGAGAGGACCCCAUGGUCAACGAGGAGGGUAAUGAUGAGGAAGAGAUCUCAGCAAUGAAGAAACGCGUUGCUGAGAUGGAGCAGGAAGCGGCUAAGCUCCGCGAGAUGCAUGCCGCGCUGGAAGAGAGAGGACAAGAGGUCUCAGAAGACAGAUCCGACGUCGACAGCCGCAGUAUCUUCGUCGGUAAUGUCGACUACUCGGUCUCCCCCGAGGAGAUACAAGCUCACUUCCAGAGCUGUGGUUCUAUUAACCGCGUCACUAUUCUACUGGACAAGUUUACUGGCCAGCCCAAGGGUUAUGCGUACGUCGAGUUUACUGAACCAAGCCUUGUUGCCCAAGCGUUGGUGCUUAACGACAGCGUUCUCAAAGGACGUAAUAUCAAAGUCACCCCCAAACGAACUAAUAUUCCGGGGCUAAGUCGUGGCCGUGGCCGCGGCCGUGGAGGAUUCGGCGGCCCGGGACGAGGCUUUUACGGUGGAAGAGGCGGCUAUGCGCCGCGAGGUGGCUUCUACCGAGGUGGUUAUAGGGGUCGAGCACGAGGCAGCGGUUUCAACCCUUACUGAAGUUGGCUGAGCUCGUUUUCUUAAGUCUGUCAGCUCCGGGCCCUUGAGAGGCUUGAGGAUGGCAAAAGUGUGAAGAAGGAAGAGAUAAAAAAA